CUCCCUUAAUCCUGGAGUUGGACAACACGCUUGACUGAGUACUUGGAUGAAAGCUUCUUAACAAGAUUCAAGCGCUUCCAGGGGUAGAGCAGAUUUGUCCUUUGAGUGUGAAGUGAUGGUACUUGAGCCUCCUGAAGCCAUCCCUGGUAAUUCUUGCAACAGGCCGGGCAGGAAGGUUGGGCACCGCAGCUCUGACGCCUCGUCACGUGCAGCCCCGGUGCUCCCGGCGCGGCUCGGCGGGUGCCAGCAGGACCAGGGCUGCUUUGUUACUGUGCAACUGGAAACUCGCGUAUCCCAGAGCGUGGCUUGGCUUUUUUUGGUGCUCUUCCCUGAAUGCUCGGGAGCAAUGAGACACAUCUUAUCUUUCAUGGAAAGGAUGCUGUUCCCCCUGCCUCUGCGAGUAGCCUGCAGUCUGCUUGCCUGGCUCGCUCUCUACACUUGGUUCUGCCAUCGUUACAAGCACCGGAAUUACGAAUGGAGCUGCAGGCUGGUCACGCUAACCCACGGCAUCCUUGCUACCUGUCUCUCUGCAUACAUUGGCUUUAUUGAUGGUCCCUGGCCUUUGAGUCAUCCAGGAUCACCAAACACAACUCUUCAGGUACAUGUGCUGUGCCUUAGCUUGGGCUACUUCCUCUUCGACCUUUGUUGGUGUGUGUACUUCCAGGCAGAGGGUGCCCUGAUGCUGGCCCACCAUCUGGUGAGCAUCCUGGGCAUCACAGCAUCAUUGGCACUCGAGGAGUCAGCUGCGGAGGUCAACGCCGUCAUCUUUGGUAGUGAGAUCACCAACCCACUGCUGCAGGCUCGCUGGUUCCUGAAGGAGAUGGGGUGUUACCACAGUUUCACAGGUGAUGUGGUGGAUUUCUUCUUCGUGGUCCUCUUCACUGGGGUGCGGAUUGGAGUGGGGGCCUGGCUGAUGUACUGCGAGCUUGCUUCUCCCAAACCCAGAUGGUACAUUAAGCUGGGUGGUGUCAUCAUGUACGCUGUCUCCUGGGUUUUCAUGGUCAGCAUCUGCCGCUUUGCUAGGAGGAAGAGCAUGAAGAAGUACCACGCUUGGAGGAGUCGGAGGACUGAUGAGUUGUACUUGAAAACUAAUGGACAUCUCAAAAAACACUGACUGGAUGCUAGUAGUGUCCAGAAGCUCUAAUCAGCACUGGCGCCUUGCAGGACUGGGUGCCCUGUGAACACACCCAAAGAUACGGUACCUGGAUGUGAAACGCUUUUCUGACGUUUUCCCUGUUCUUCAUCCCUGACUGUUAAAACUCCACCCGCUCCCCCACCCUGCAAAUACUGAUUUUAGCUCCUUGAGCGACCACGACUCUGUUAUGAGAAGCACCAUCAGGACCUACCAGUAAGUGGUUUUCUGGCUGAUGGACCAAGCCCCAAUUUGUCUGAAGAAUGCCAAAAUCUGCUCUGCUGUGCUUAUUGGCCCAAAUGCAGGCAGGGCAUGGAGCUAGCCUGAGUCCAAACGACAUGCCUUGAGAUUGUUAGACAAAUACCUUCUCCAAGCUGCAAGAAACUUUUAAAAAUAAGAACAGUAAAUGCAGAGUGUUUUACUGCAGCAGUCUGCAGUCUCUACUUGGCUGUUUCUGAAAUCUAAAGGGAACAGGGGCCAGAACCUGAUUUGUAGUGAAGGCUGUGGAUUUCUGCUGUCUUUCAAAAUGUCAUCCUAGAUUCAAAUCAGUGUAUCUGAACGCAGAGUCUGCCACAGUUUUUGGGGAUAGUGGGGGCUGUAGGUGGAUGUCUGGGAGCUCUAUGGAAAAACAACUGGAAAACACUUGAAACCAGCAUUGAUGUUUUUCCCCAGGACCAUAAGGUAUCAGUUUCGACAAGAAUGUUUCCUCAGGUCCAGAUGGGCAUUUCUGGUUGAAGGGCGGCCAACAUGUUUCUUCAAAACACAGUGGCUAAGGUGGAAGAGCUACCCAGCUUCAAAUCUGUUCUCUGCCCUGUUCAAGCCAGAAACCUAAACUUGGCUCUCCAUCUGAAUUGAUGCCUUGACUCCUGGGCUUUGAAUUUACUUCUGUCUCCCUGCUUGGAUCUGGGCCAUUUUAUAAAAGGGAGCAUUUAUAGGGUAAGAGAUCUUACUUCACAGCCUAAUAAUCAAAGAAGCAAGAGGCACAGAUUCUGGCCUUUUUUAAGCAAAAAAGUGAACCUGACUGGGGGGGGCAGGGGAAAUAAGCGUUAACUUAUUUGGUCCCAUUUACAGGGAAAAACACUCCCCCGUUUGGCAGCUUCUAGUGUUUAUUCCACUGCAUGUUCUUAAGCACUGUUCCUUUGUUACUGCUGUUACUAUUAUGAUCAUUUAUUCUGAGCCUCAGCACCAGGCCUCCAGUGCAGCUCAGGUGCCAGGUCUGCUGUGAGCCUUGCCUGUUGCAGCCAAAGACCUGAAGAGCCCAAACCACUUCAGAUUAGCAGAGCCAACUGGUGGGUGAGCUGGUCCUGAAAAGGAAACGUCACUCAUUUAGCACAGCAUAGUGAUAAGACUGUUGAUCCUUGAAGGGUGACGGGAAGGGCUGGCUGGUUCUUUCCCAGCUCUGCUGCUGCUGCCAGGCAUGUCAAAGGAGUCUUUUUGCCUCAGCUUACCCACUUAACAAAGUGGGUACAGUAUUACCUACCUCAUGGGGUGUUUUCAUUUGUUAACACUGAGCCAUCUUUUAUGGAGGCUUGGUGGUCUGUGUCAAGCUGUGCUGUAUAAAGGCAAAAUGCUGUUGCUUUGAGUGAAGCAUGUCUCACUAUGAUCCAUCAUCAGCACUUUCUCACCUGAACAUGGCACUUCCCAGCAUCUGGCUUGCCUCACAGAAGCAGGAGUCCAAGGUGUUUUGCGGUGGUGCUUAUGGGUAGGAGUCAAAAGGAGUAAGCUAGACACCCGCGUAAAGAUCAGCUGUGCUGCUUUUGUUUGCGUGGGCUCCCAAGUUGAAGGAUGUCUGGUGGGUUUUCCCUAGUAAGGAUUGCAGUAAAUAUGGAGCCAAAAGAAUUUCGGCAGCCAGCCUGACCAGAGAGUAAGGGCUUUCAGCAGCAAGUCCUGAAGAAACGUAGGUGAAAACAGCCUGUUCAUUUCUCAGCGCAGCUGCUGACUUGCCCACCAAGAAGAGUUUCCUGAGCAGUCCUGUUGAUUUGGACUCUGACCUCUGCUGAGUUUUGGUGUGCAGCUUACACAUGCGUGGUUACAGCCCUGCUGUGGGAGCUGUACAGCCCAUACCUGCCUGAGUGAAUAACGAUGUCAAUUAGUGACUGCAGGUGUCUGUGAAACACCUGGUAUGAAGAUGUUUUGAAAGAUAAUGCACUUAAUGGCUGGGAGGAAAACUUGGUUGGAAGAAGUAGAACACUGUUCGAUGUUGAGGCUUUGGAAGUUAAAGGCGUCAAAAAACAAUAGAGCAAUUAGGAGUGACUUUAUGAGGUAGAGCUAGUAAUGAUGUCUCAGAGCAAAGCCUUGCAGUCUGUCUAGUGGGCUCCAGCAUAGAAUCACAGACCCAGAACAAGUAUAACUUUCAAGCUGUUGAAUACAUGGUGGGACCUGUCCUCAGGCUAGUCCAUAGUGGCUAGAGCAAAUUGUGAAAGGAAACUGCAGAACUAGUGCAAAAUAAUAACUUGUGUUUGAAUUACUGUGUAAUAGCAACUAAUGUUCCACCAGUGAAUGGUGUAGAUGCUUUGUAACAUGUUUUAUAAAAUAAAGAUUAUUUA